AUGCCCUUCCUUGCAAACCUUUUCUCCCCUCGCUCCCUUGCAAAUUUGGAAAAGCAUGGGCCCGACAUAGCUACUCUAGACAGUGAGAGUAACAAGUCACCCGUUCCGCCACAAGUGGUCGCGAAGGAAGAGCAGGAGCAGCUUAUAUGCGCUACACUCAGUCGUUUCGCCCAGGUCCCAGUAUCGGCUAUUUUCGUAUUGGAACCUGAAUGGAACCCUACCGGUCUUACUGAUGACCAGGCUUCUGAGAUCCUCAAAAUUCAUGGACCUAACACACCGGUGGCCGAACGUCGUCUCGCCGCCCUGCGGAUGUUUUGGGGGGCCAUCGUCAAUCCGUUCAACAUCCUUUUGACCAUCCUCGCCAUCGUCAACGCUGCCACUGACCAGCUCCCCACCUUCGUCGUCAUGAUGGCAAUGGUGGUAGCUUCGACCGGCUUAAGGUAUUGGCAAGAAUUGAAGUCCACAAUUCAAGCGGUCAAUUUGAUCAAGUCAGUCACGACAAAUACUCGCGUUCUUCGUUAUCGGAGUUCCGGUCCGGAAGAGGUCGAAAUCGAUCAGCGGAGUGUGGUUCCAGGUGAUAUCAUAGCCGUCACCAGUGGUGAUGUCUUCCCUGGUGAUUGUGUUCUCAUUACGGCCGAGGCUAUCACAAUCACACAGGCCUCCCUUACGGGAGAAGUGAUGCCCAUCGAGAAAACCGUGCGCCUUGCUGCCCCACGUCCCGGACAAACCCUUAAUUUACUGCACAAUGAUAAUGUUUGCCUCGCGGGCACAUCUGUUGUCACAGGCAAUGGGCACGCGCUCGUCGUCUCGACUGGCAAGGAUACCUACAUGGCUUCUAUCGCCAGCGAGCUCUCCAAACGACGACCAGAAAACGCUACUCAGAUUGGUAUCAGGAAAGUCAGUUAUGUCUUGAUGGCCUUCAUGGGGGUUAUGGCCCCGAUUGUGCUCAUCAUCCAGGGUGCUGUCAGUAAGAACUGGAAAGGCGCGGUCAUGUUCGCGAUCGCCGUUGCAGUCGGCAUUACGCCAGAAAUGUUGCCGAUGAUUGUGACAUCCAACCUUGCGCUGUCUGCUGUUCGUGUGGCGCGCAAAAAAGUCAUUGUGAAGCGUUUUGAUGCCAUCCAGAACCUUGGCGCGGUUCAGAUUCUCUGCUCAGACAAGACAGGGACGCUAACCGCUGACCUCGUGCGCAUCUCAAUGUCCACGACAGGCACGGGAGAACCCUCACAACUCCCCAUCAAGUUGGCUUACAUCAAUUCCUCACUGCAAACCGGUUCUCGUAGUCCGAUCGACCACGCAAUCGUUGACUUCGUCGAUCAAAGUGAACAGGACAUCUUUACAGACAUUCCCGGGGACGGCUGGAUCAAGCAGGGCGAAGUUCCUUUCGAUUCGUCACGCCGCCUUCUGUCGGUCUUAGUUUCGCGACCUGGUAGCGAUGGCUCUGAAGGACUCUUAAUUACAAAGGGCGCAGUGGACGAAGUCUUGGACCUGUGCGUGUCAACCUACAACCACCAGCCACCUUCCUCGAAUGCCUCGGGACCGUUUGCUUUAUCCCCCUCAAUGACGUCAAUUCUCACAACACACGAGCGGCAAACGAUUCUUGAUACUGCCCAGCGUUUGAACGAGGAUGGGUUGCGUCUUGUCGCUGUGGCCUGCCGAGAACAGCUUAUCAAGCCGUUUAUGACUAUAUCCCCCUCUGACGAGAACGAACUUACUUUCAUUGGAUUCAUCGGGCUUCUUGAUCCAUUGAAACCUGAUGCCACCCAGGCAAUCAAAGAUUUGGCCGCAUUGAACGUGCAGGUUCGAAUCCUCACUGGUGAUGCUCCUGCAGUGGCUGCAAAGGUGGCUCGCGACCUCGGGCUUAUACCAUCUCGCGAGCAGUCGUCGACUACGGUGAAUGAAAAGGAUGUGGAGGCUUCCCCCUCUUCGAACGGCGAUGAAGGACUCAUUCUCACUGGCGUCCAGCUUGCGGCCCUUGCAGAUGAUCAGGAUGCCUACCAAGAUGCCAUUGAUCGCUGCAUCAUUUUUGCCAAACUCUCGCCUUACCAGAAGCUUGAGGUUGUGAAAGCUCUGCGCGCGGGUCACGGUGGCAGAGCAGUCGCCUUCUUGGGAGACGGCGUCAACGAUGCUCUUGCUAUACGCGGCGCAGACGUCGGGAUCUCGGUAGAUUCAGGAACCGAAAUCGCGAAAGAGGCGGCAGAUGUGAUCUUACUUGAGAAGAACCUGGCUGUUGUCGCUGACGGUGUGAUGGAGGGGAGGAUUACGCUCAUGAACACACUGAAGUACAUCAAGAUGGCGACCUCUUCCAACUUCGGUAAUAUAUUUUCGCUGUUGGUUGCUUCUGCGUGGCUUCCAUACCAGCCUAUGAUCCCCAUACAGAUCCUCGUCCAGAAUCUGUUGUAUGAUUUCUCUCAGGCAUCAAUUCCCUGGGAUAAUGUUGACCCCGAGUACUUGGUGGCCCCGAAGACAUGGGGAGCGAAAUCGAUCAUUCGUUUCAUGGUUUGCAUAGGUCCCUUCUCAAGCCCUUUUGAUAUAAUCACAUUCUCUAUCAACUGGUUCCACUACGGCAUUCGCACGCUCCACAACCCACGCGUUGACCUUGCACAGACGAAUUGGUUUCUCGAGGGAUCUUUGACGCAGCUGUUGAUUAUUCACUUCUUGCGAACGGGCAAGCUUCCCUUCAUCCAGUCCCGUGCAUCGAUCGCGGUCUUUUGCACCACCUUCGGUAUCGCUGGUAUUGCUAUUGCGAUCCCAUACAUACCGAAAAUCAACACUGCCCUGCAGUUGACUCCGCCUGAUCCUCUGUUCUACGCGUACCUGCUAGGGGUGAUCGCUGGCUAUGCUUUGGUCGUGCAUAUUGCCAAGACGCUUUAUCAACUCGCGUUCAAGGAAUGGCUUUAG